AUUUCUCAGUAUAUUCCGUUUAGAUUUUCGAAAAAACUACGUAAAAACAUGCGCGAAUAAAUUAUAACGUAUUAAUUUUAUAUCAGUGAAGAUGGUUUUUCAAAGAUGCUUAAUCAUUUAUUUCGUCAGUCUUUUUGGCUGGUUGGUUACAUGCGACGUAAUCUCGAAAGAACCGACUGUGUUAAUCGCUAUCCUAAUCAGAAAUAAGGCACAUACAUUGCCAUAUUUUUUGAGCCUGUUGGAACGACAAAAUUACCCAAAAAAUCGAAUAAGUUUGUGGAUACGCAGCGAUAAUAAUAUUGACAACACGAUCGACAUACUGAAUGAAUGGCUUAGUUCACGAGAUAACAUGUAUCACUUGCUAAAUGUUCAUUUGAAUGCAUCGUCGACGGGUUUUGAGGACGAGAAAACGAUCGCUGAUUGGUCGCCACGUAGGUUCGCACAUGUUAUAAAUUUACGUGAGCAGGCUCUUAAUUAUGCAAGAGAAAUAUGGGCGGAUUUUAUCUGGAUGCUGGAUGCCGAUGUUUUCUUGACCAAUCCGAAUACUAUGCGUGAUUUGGUAUAUAAGGGACAUACUGUCGUGGCACCUUUGUUAAAAUCGGACGGCAUGUACAGUAAUUUUUGGGCUGGAAUAACAGCAGAGUAUUAUUAUAUGCGAACAGAGUUCUAUGAACCGAUUCUCUUUCGCGAAAAAAUUGGAUGCCACAACGUACCUAUGAUUCAUACCGCGAUUUUCAUAGAUCUAAGAAGACGAGACUCCGAUCGUCUUACCUAUAAGGCUGACAAACUAACAGAUUACGAUGGACCUAUAGAUGAUAUCAUAACAUUUGCUGUAGGCGCAAAUAAAUCAGAUGUGCCAUUGUUCGUGUGUAAUGAGUACAUCUACGGCUUCGUCAUGGUGCCUUUGGAGAAUGAGGAGACUAUUGCGGAAGAUAUGCAACGAUUGAUUAAUACAAAAGUUGAAAUGUUGGCAUUUAGUAAUUAUUUGCCAUUGUCGGACGAUCAAAAAUUCGUGGUAUAUCCAGAAAAGGACACUCUGGGUCUGGAUCAUAUCUACAUGAUAAAUUUGAUAAGAAGACCAGAGAGACGUAAAAGAAUGCAAAGGCUCUUUGAAGAACUGGGUAUUCGAGCAGAAAUUAUCGAUGCUGUGGACGGUAGGACUUUGAACAAGAAUUCUCUAAAAAAAUGGGGUAUAAUACCAAUGCCAGAAUAUUCAGAUCCUUAUCAUAAAAGACCGAUGACAAUGGGCGAGAUUGGCUGCUUUCUCAGUCAUUAUACCAUAUGGCAAAAGGUACUAGAAAAUGAUUAUAAAAGCGUAAUGGUAUUGGAGGAUGACGUUCGUUUCGAGCCAUUCUUUCGACAAAAAAUCAAGUACGUUUUGGCGGAAUUGUUCGAUCUUGAAGUUGAAUGGGAUUUGAUAUACAUGGGAAGGAAACGAUUGGUAAAAUCAGAAAGCUUAAUAGAUGGAUCCAAAUUUUUGGUGCGAGCGGGAUACAGUUACUGGACUCUUGGUUACAUUUUAUCGAAAAGCGGAGCCGAGAAAUUAAUUGGGGCUAUGCCUCUCAGGAAAUUAAUUCCCGUUGACGAAUAUCUUCCUAUUCUUGCGGACACACAUCCCAUGAAACAGUGGACGGCUCAAUUUCCAACUAGAGAUUUGAUUAUGUUAUCAAUAAAUCCACUUUUAGUUUAUCCGACACAUUAUACCGGAGAAGAUGGACAUAUCAGUGACACGGAAGAUUCAAGACUCGUGCAAGAGAAUUCCGAGCUUUUAGAAAAUCGAGAAGAAUUGUGAUCAAAGAAAGAUUGCAAAUUAGACAAAAUUACAAUAACCUAGUCAAAAAAAUCCACUGCCAAUAAUCCAUAAAUUUGAUAGUAAAUUGAAAAUCAGUUUAUUUUAUAUGAAAUAUAUAUCGCCAGAAUAUUGCCAUAUACUAUUAGUUUAAAAUUAAUAAAGAUCUAGAAAUACAAA